CUCCAUCAGCCAAAAGUGUGGGUGCAAGAGGAUUGCGCUCACACAGAGAGGAGGUAGUGGAUGGGGGAGUUGGACGUAGGCAUGCAUGUGAAAGAGACCAGCUCCCAGAGAAACACUCCCCAAAAACACUCACAAAGGAACCACUGAGGAUGCACGGAUGAGAAAGAGGUGCAAAGGAGCUGAAGAAGAGGACUGUGUUUUGCCCUCUCACACGCAUCCCGGCUGCGCGGACGGCGCGCACACGCACAAACACACUCCGGCGGGCGCUCUGCGAGGUUUCCCUGACGACUAGGAUGGGCUGCAAUUUGUGCACCUUGCAGAAAAAGGAGGAACACUACAAACUGCUGUACGAGAUUGCACAGGUAAAUGGACGUGAAUUCUCCAAGGUUGACCAUGAGGAGGCGGUGGUGGAAUCUAUCAGACGAGACCCUAUCUUCGUCCAGGUUCUACGUCGGACACCUGCCAGAACCACAGCUGGUACUGCGCUUAAUCACAGCGACACACCACAGGAAGUGUCUGUGGUGGAUGUGUGCACCCAAACGGACAUCACCUUUGAACACAUCAUGGCACUGGCUAAACUUCGGCCUGCUACACCACGUCCUGACAUCUGUCCCUUCCUUUUGUCUGACAGUUGUCAUUCCAUCCACACCAUGGAACAUGAGUUUUACGAGUGCCCAGAGUACCUAUCUAAUACCCCAGCAGAGGUGGAGGGAACCGAGGAGUACGAAUAUGAGGAAGUGGAGCUUUGCAGGCAGAACAGCCAAGAGAAGCUAGGCCUGACGCUGUGCUACAGGACGGAUGACGAGGAGGACGUCGCAAUCUAUAUCAGCCAGGUGGAGCCAAACAGCAUUGCAGCAAAAGACGGUCGUAUCAAAGAGGGAGAUCGCAUUCUGCAGAUAAAUGGCUGUGAGGUACGAGACAGAAAGAAGGCAGUUACCCUGUUGUCAAGUGAGGAUGCAAAAAGUAUCACACUGCUGGUGACCAGACCAGAAAUGCAGCUGGAAGAGGAGGUGUGGCUGAGAGAGCAGCAGGAGCUCGUGCACGAGCUGAAGAUGAAAAUCAUGGAAGAAAGAAGGAGCAGAAAGACCACAAGUUUGAAAUGGGCACGAGGAUAUGUCCUCACCUUGGAAUUCAGGAGGAUGUCCAUCCAUGGUGAACUGCAUCAAGCUGAAGGUAAAGUGCCAACAGAAAUGGCUACCUGUUCCUCCAACAAUCAAGACCAAGACAGUGGGUUUGGAUGUAGUACAGACAGUCCAGAUCACCAGCCUUUGCUGGCCAGACUUCACAGGAGGAGCCCAGCCCAUUGCCUGAGGGAACGAUGGCGGGCAGACCAUCCUCACAUGAGACGAGGAGCUUUAGCGCCGCAAGACACGCACAGGUCAAAGACAUUGCCCACAGGCCAAGGCCAUAGUGGGGUACUGGCUAUUCGUAAUGGUGAAGGUGGAGUCCUGGGUCUAGAGAAUCGUUUUCAGCAGCUUCUGGAGCUCAAGUGUCAAAUCCGGAAUGGAGGCGAGUGUGGCGUAUACUCCAUUCGACACAGUAUUGAGUGUAGCCUAACAGAGCAGGGGGAAGGAGAUGAAGACGACAGCGGUAGUGGAGGAGGAGGAGGAGUAGAGCAGGAGCUGAGGAUGCUAAACGAGGAACUGCGCAGCAUCGAACUGGAGUGCCAGAGCAUCAUACAGGCCCAUCAACUCCGCCAGGCUCAUCAGAUGGAAUUUUCUCAAGCCACAUCCUCACCGACACAUAGUCCGAAGGAUGGAUUCAAAAGACAUGGAAGGCUGGCUGAUAUCCACGAACACCCAGAGCGGUCAGACAGCGAUAAGAUCAGAGAAAAGGACAGCUCGAGUGCCUACAACACCGCAGAGAGUGCACGUUCAAAACCACUAGGAAUGGAGAAAUCUCCUGUUUCUCUGCAAAGACAUAUUAGCAUCACCAACCAGAAAAACCUAAGGCUGGCCUCCUCUACCCCUUCUAGGCCCAUUCCUAUCCCUAAGCCCCGCACACCCAGUCGAAGCAGACCUGCCCCAAGCCCAGUCAUUUCGAGUAGCCCAGACCAGAGCAACCCUUCCAGGUCCGAGUCGGACCCUGCCCUGCCUGCAGAUGACGAGAGGUGUGAAAGAAAAGGAAGGGGUGAAGAUUCUAAAAGAGGGCUUCCCUAUGGCUCUCUAUAUCACACAGCUCCCUAUCAAGGAGGAUCUAGGCAACUUCAGAGUUAUAUGCAGCUUCUACAGCAACACUCAUCCCUAGAAUACUCCCAGAGCCAGAUGAGCCUGCUCAGUCUUUGUCGAGAUCCCACUCUCCAUAGCGGACGCCCUGGGGAGCCACGACUGGAGUGGAAGGUCAAGGUUCGGGCUGACGGCACGCGCUAUGUGGCCCGAAGGCCAGCUCGUGACCGUAUCCUGCGCGAGCGGGCCCUAAGGAUCCGAGAAGAGAGGAGUGGAGGUAUGACUACAGACGAUGACGCCAUGAGUGAGAUGAAGAUGGGUCGCUACUGGAGCAAAGAGGAGCGGAAGCGAUUGGCACGAGCUAGGGAGCAAAGGAAGAGGAGGGAGUUCAUGCAGAAGAGUCGCCUGGAGUGUCUAAAGGAAGGACCAGCCAGUGGAGCCGAUGGCAAGAAGGAAGUCAAUAUCUUGGAACUUAGCCACAAAAAGAUGAUGAAGAAACGUAACAAGAAGAUCCUGGACAACUGGAUGACCAUCCAAGAGUUGAUGAGCCAUGGGGCUAGAGUUCCGGAGGGCUCCAAAGUACACAACGCCUUCCUGUCUGUCACAACUGUGUAGCACAAACAUGCAGUACUGUAGAAAUUUUUUUAACUGCUGUUGACUUUUGUAUCAGGACGCCUGGAACUGAAAAAAAAUUACAAUUUCAGAGAAUUCUGUAGCAUUCAUCAGGCAAGUGAAUGUUAAAAUCAAGACAACUCAACAUUUAUGACAUUGCAAAAUUGUCCGUUUACUUAACCCUCAGCCACUUGUUUGUUUAAAAACCCAUGGGUGGUUUUUUGCCUUGUAUUUUGGUAAUACACUGACUUUGGACAGCAGAUACAGUCAGGUCAUAAGUAUUUGGACAGGAACCCACACCCAAUUUGCCUUUGUAUAGCAUUACAGUGGAGCUGAAAUGAAACAAUCCCGACGUUCUUGUGGUGUUUACUUUCAAACACAAAUAUCGUAUGAACUAUUCAGGAAUUAUGACCAUUUCUAUAUAUAGUCCCUUCAUGCCCAUAAGAAGUUGGACAAACUAAAUUUAAG